AAUAUAAGAAUCGACUAUAAACACCGGCCUUAGAAAAAUACACCAAUAACAAGGAGCGCUCACUGAACUUUUGGGUUCGCCGAACGCAGCCAAUGAUUUAAAUGGCUGGACAAUGUUGACGCGCUGACACGAAUUAUGUCCAUGGUCCAGUUAUGUCACCGAUAAGGCUGGAUAAGGUGGCAUGGGUGACUGAUCGAUUUGUCUUUAUUUGUCUUGUAAAAACUGUAUGUACCUUUUGAAAUGUAUUUAGUCGGAUUGACUGGUGGCAUCGCCACUGGAAAAAGCACGGUUGCUGCUGUUUUUCGAGAACAUGGCAUUCCCGUUAUAGAUGCCGAUGUAAUUGCCCGAAAAGUUGUGGAGCCAGGGAAACCAGCAUGGUAUAAGAUACAGAAGGAAUUUGGUCCAGAUGUGUUUUUGGACACCAAAUACUUGGACAGAGCGAAACUUGGUGAUUUAAUAUUCAACGACGUCGAAAAGAGGAAGAAACUCAAUGCCAUUACACAUCCUGAUAUAUAUAAAGAGAUAUACUGGCAGACUAUCAAAUACUUUUUACAAGGUCAUCCAUUCAUAGUCAUGGAUCUGCCAUUGCUUUUUGAGACGGGACACAUGUUGAAUUACUUGCACAAGAUUAUAGUUGUAACAUGCGAAGAGGAUCUUCAGCUACAACGAUUAAUGGAACGCACUGGAUUUACAGAAGCUAAAGCAAAAUUGAGAAUAGCCGCGCAAAUGUCCUUGGAAAAAAAAGCAGAGAUGGCAAAUUUUGUAAUUGAGAAUUCAGGCAACGAAAAAGAUACCAGGGAACAGACGGUAAAAGUGAUUAAUGUGCUACGAUCCUCUAAGCAUCACUGGAAAUUGCGCCUUUUAGUCGGAUUUUGUUGUACCGUACUGUUAGCUGGCGCGUACUGGUUGAGGAACAGAAGCUCCAGAUCUCUAUCCACUGCAACAUAAAAUUUUUUUUCUACUAAAAUUAUUCAAUUUAAAAACAAAUAAAGGUUCGUUUUCCGUAAGUCGUAGUUACGUCAUAAUAAAUGCAAGUGUGAAUUUCGUUAACUUUUGUACACAGCCACAGUAUUCGCAAAAUUGAAAUUUUUAUACAGUAUAAAGCAAAUAGCUGAAAUUAAGUUACUUAAUAUAAUGUGUACAUUUACAGAUAAUUUUAAUUACUUUUGUAACGUAACAAUGAAUCAUUGAGUUGUGCAAUAAAUUUAUUUCUUUUACCUGAUGCGAGGAAGAAAGAUUUUUGUGCGAGUAUACGAUUUAUAUAAUUUGCAACCAUGUUCCAUUAUAGGUAAUUAUUCUUUUAUAAAACGUUUUAAUUGCAAUAUAUUAUAGCUAAUAUAUUAAUAGGGCAUAAUAAUAGGGCAAAGGGAUAUCGAUAGAAGUUUAUCUACGUAUGUACGUCGGAAGUGCGCAUGCAUGUAUGCUAUGUAUAUACAUUUUAUGCAAUAAAAAAGCCAUUUUAGAAGACAAA